AUGUACGCAAUCUUGCAAACGGAAAAGGCACGAGCUAGUCACCUUGGAACCAUAAAGGCCUAUUUGUUGGUCAAGUACGGUUUCGAGAGUGAACGAGUGGUAGAAGUGAAGGGGUUGAUCAAAGUACAAAAAGAGUCUUUGAUUAAAAAGAUCAACUUAAAAGUCCUUCACAAGACCCUCUUCCAAGCUUUGGACAAUCCGCAUGUUGACGUUAAGUCGUCAACGACUUGGCUAAGAUAUGGAAAUAAUUCCCCUCGAUCCGAAGGAUUAUUUACCUAUCUGCAAGAUCGAAACUUUUUCUGGAAUCGAUCUAAGGUCUGUCCUCAUUGUAAAUUGAGGUGCCUGUCCGUAGACCACAUAGCCACGAAAUGCGGUAGUAUGUUUUACCACGACUAUACGUGGAGGCAUAACGAGGUUGUACGUAGUUUACACUUAAUGCUGUGCAAUAAGUAUGGGAUUAGACGUUCCAGAAAGUUGCGAACUCAUAAGGUGCAGUCUGUGGUCGAGAAUGCCAGAGUAUGCAUUAAAGUGGAUACUAGUAUUCACACCUCGAUACUUGUCCAGCACAAUAAGCCGGACAUUGUGGUACAAGAUAAGGUCUCUGGCGAGAUACUUAUCAUAGAAGUUGGCAUCACAUGUCUAGAUCGUUUGACCACGGUGGAAGUGGAAAAGAAGCGUAAGUACGACCUUCUUGCAAACGAGCUUGGGUUGAUGCACAGAUGCAAGGUCCUUGUCAUUCCUUGCGUGAUGACAUGGGAAGGAAUUGUAUCUAAGUACCACAAGGGUUAUCUCAGGCAGUUGGGAGUCGAUAGGUACAUUCAGGCCUAUAUGCAGUCCACUGUCCUGAAAAGAACUCUAGAGAGUGCAUCUGUUGAUGCGCGCAGAUCCAGCCCCUUAAUGCCACAUGGGCAGAAGAAGGACCGGCUGGAAAAUGCUCUCACAGAGCUAUUCCUUCGACCAGAAGCAGAAGAGGCUGGCCUCCAGACUUCGGAUGCGGACGGGUCGUCGGAUUAG